CAUACUGUAGCUUGUGCAAUUUGGCGCUAGCCUAGCGUUGGGCAACGCCGUGUUCCUCGCCAUUUGGCUGUGUAUUAGCUGCGGCCCCUUUCGAUCGCGUUUUUGUGACAGACUCAAAGCAACUUUAGCUCGCUAGGGCAGCUUGGUAUCGGCACCGACCACCUCGGAAUCAACUUGCCGCGACUCUCGACUGAGCCGCAACAAUGGAGGAGGCAGGCUCCGAGGUAAUGCGCAGCGUUAUUACGCUGCUUUCCUACUGGCAAGUCGGCGCUGGACUGCUUGUGGUGCUAGUCCUUAUUCAGGCUCUGGUGUUUCUCCGGAAGAAGACCAAGAAGCCGUUCCUGGACCCCAGCGAGUUCCAGCCGGUCCCCCUGGUUGAGAAGACGCUAAUCACGCACAACACCGUGCGCCUGCGCUUCGCGCUGCCGGAUCCGGAGCAGCGCGUGGGCCUGCCCAUCGGCCAGCACAUAAGCUUCAAGGCGCAGGGCGAGGAUGGCAAGGACGUCAUCCGGCCGUACACCCCUGUGUCAGAUGACGACCAGCUGGGCGCCGUGGACUUUGUCAUCAAGCUGUACCCCACCGGCAAGAUGUCGCAGGUGAUCGCCAAGAUGCAGCUGGGUGACACCAUGCUGAUGAAGGGGCCCAAGGGCCGUUUCACCUACACGCCCAACAUGGUCAAGCACUUCGGCAUGCUGGCUGGCGGCACGGGCAUCACGCCCAUGUUCCAGGUGCUGAACGCCAUCCUGAAGAACCCGCGCGACACCACCUCCGUCACGCUGCUGUACGGCAACCUCACGGAGGAGGACAUCCUGCUGCGCAAGGAGUUGGACGAGCUGGUGGCCAUGCACGGCAACCGCCUCACCGUGUACCACGUGCUCAACACGCCGCCCGUAGACAAGGAGUGGUCGGGCGGCAGCGGCUUCAUCAGCUCGGAGCUCAUCCGCACCAAGUUCCCGGCGCCCAGCUCUGACAUCAUGACACUGCGCUGCGGCCCCAGCCCCAUGAUGGUGGCCAUGGAGAAGGCGCUCACGGACCUGGGCUACGCCGAGGACAAGCAGUUCCAGUUCUGAGGGAGCCCAUGGAGAGCUAUGGGAGUUAGGGGGCAGGAGGAGCGGGGCUGGAGCGGGAGCAGAAGCAAAAGCCGCGGUGCAGGAGCUGGAGCAGGGCGGAGGGCGUGGGGCGAUGCGGAGGGCGUGGGGCGGGCAGAUGCCGGGUGCAGCAGGUGGGUGAGCGGGGCCAGGCGCCUGCUGGGAUGGCUGGGAGCACAGGCAGCGGCAGCUGGUGUGGGUGACGAAUGGCGGAGGGCAGCAUGUGUGAUGAGUUUGCUCUUGGGCGUGUAAAGGCGGCGAAUGGUCAUAUCAUGAGUGGGGAUGGCCCAUGAUGGGUCUCCGCUCGGGUGCCGUAGGCGCUGCUCGGGUGCUGAAGACAUCUUUGUCGGCAGAGCUAUGCGGGGCGCGGGCGUAUGUCAUGGGACAUGCAAGGACAGUGGCGCUGCGGCUGUGCGGUGGGCAAAGCGGUAGCACUGCGGGUGAUGCCGUCCUGCAACAAGAUGCUGACAGGUACAUAACGCUGGCAGCGUUACAGGGCCGCUUGCGUUGCAAUGGUAUUCGUGAGAGAAGACUACCGUAUAUUUAUGUAGCCGUAGCUCACCUGCCGUGGUGUUAGCGGGGAGCGUGGUACCGCAUGGUGUACAUGUGUGCGCGUGUGUGCGUGUGUGUAGUACAAGGGAAGGAGCACACAUUGACAGAGUGUACCGUGUGCGUGUUUGUGCCUGCCGGCUGGUGCGCGCCAUUGCGAGGCCAGAUCGCCUUGUUACUACCUGGUACAGA